AUGGACGGUGAGGCUCCACCAAAAAAGCACCAAGACUUCAAGCUUCUAACUUUGAUUGUAGAACCAAACCCCCCCGCGGACAAACCUCCCGCUGAGGUGGAUGGGAACGAGCCUACUGGGGAAGAGAACCCCCCAGUCUCGUCAACAGACCCCGAGGAACCCAACAAGGAGGAGGAGGCCGGUAUGCUUCAGGUGAACCCUGGUGGACCAAAUGCCUGUAAUUCAUGUGUUCAAGCAGGUGAUCCUACUCCUGAUGCAUCCCCUGAGAACUCUGAAGAAUCUCCAGACAAUGCAGUCUCAUCAGACACCACUGCUGCCGACACUACCUCUGAGAAUCCUCCUAAUGACACCGAAACACCGACUCCAGUUGAGGAUUCGCCCGCCGCUCCAGAUAACGAUGGUGGAGGUGGUGGCUCAGAAGAGGCAGAUGCAGCCGGUGUUGAUGAGGUCAAAGACUCGCCGGCGGAGCCAGAAACGGUCGUUGAGAUGGUCGAAAAGCUACAGAAAGCCGAUGCCUCUCCAGCGGAGGUACUUGAAGUUUUGGAAAAGGCAAUGUCCGAUGCUGGGGUCGAACCGGAUACAGUUGAGUCGGCUCCAGAUGGCGAGGACAAACCCACGACGGAGAACUGCGAUGACAGCAAGCCGAACGAAGCAGAUACGGAUACCCCAUCACCUCCUCCGGAUGGCAAUGCGGAAGAAAGUCCUUCUGGAGACUCCUCAGAACCAAGUGCGGAAGCUGCCCAAGAACAGCCGACAGAAACAGUUAACGAGCCAGCUGCUGAUGCAGAGCCAGCUGCCGAUGCAGAGCCGGCUGAGGAGGCUACGGUGGCAAGCACAGAGGACAGCAAAGAAGAAACUCCCGCGGAGGCUCCAUCAGAUGAGGCUGGUGUAGAGAGCGCCCCUGAUAAGGUUGAGCCUGAUGGCGAGAAAGAAGGUGGAGCCUCUGAGGAACCUCCUACAACCGAAACAGAACAGCAACAAGACAAAGAACCGGCUGAAAGUACUGAGGGCGAUGGCGCCUCCGGUACAAGAGGUGGAGAGGAAGCGGCAACAGAAGCUACGGAGGAAACGCCGGCGCAAGAUCCCACUUCAAGUGGCGCCGAUGAUAGCCCAGAUCAGCCAGUAGCUGGGGAAGCUCCUACGGGCGAGGAUACAUCCGCAGAGCCAGCUGCUGCCGAAGAGGCCCCGGCCGAAGAGCCAUCUACCACAACUGAGGAGCCUCCAGCUGAACCUGCUGAGCCUGCUGCGGAAGAGCCUGCUGCGGAAGAGCCUGCUGCGGAAGAGCCUGCUGCGGAAGAGCCUGCUGCGGAAGAGCCUGCUGCGGAAGGAUCUGCUACUGAAGAGCCUGCCGCUACUGAGGCUCUAGCUGAAGAACCUGCUCCUGCCGAUGCUCCUGUUGAAGAACCGCCCGCUGCUGAUGCUCCUGCCGAAGAACUAGCUGCCACGGAAGAACCGGCCGCCGCGGAAGAACCUGCUCCCGCCGCUGAAGCUCCAGCUGAAGAGCCUCCCGCCGCUGACGCUCCUGCUGAAGAACCGGCCGCGACUGAAGAGCCUCCUGCCGCUGAUGCUCCCGCUGCUGAAGAACCUGCUGCCGCGGAAGAACCUGCUGCCGCUGCUGAUGCUCCUGCCGAAGAACCGGCCGCUGCGGAAGAACCUGCUCAAGCUGCUGAAGAACCAGCUGCGGCGGAAGAACCGGCCGCGACUGAAGAACCAGCUGCCACUGAUGCCGCGGAAGAACCUGUUCUCGCCGCUGAUGCUCCUGCUGAAGAACUUGCCGCCGCUGAAGAACCGGCUGCCGCGGAAGAACCCGCCGUGACUGAAGAACCGGCUGCCGCGGAAGAACCUGCUGCGACUGAAGAGCCUGCUGCGACUGAAGAGCCUGUUCCUGCUGAAGAACCUGCUCCUGCCGAAGAGACUCCCGCUGCUGAAGAACCUGCUCCUGCCGAAGAGACUCCCGCUGCUGAAGAGACUCCCGCCGCUGAUGCUCCUGCUGAAGAGCCUGCUCCAGCUGAAGAACCUGCUCCAGCUGAAGAACCUGCUCCUGCUGAAGAACCUGCCGCCGCUGAAGAACCGGCCGCAAGUGAUGAGCCUGCUGCUGCGGAAGAACCUGCUCCAGCUGAAGAGACUCCCGCUGCUGAAGAGACUCCCGCCGCUGAUGCUCCUGCUGAAGAACCUCCUGCCGCUGAGGAACCUGCCACUGAAGAACCAGCUACUGAAGCAACCGCCGAAAAGGCCGAGGAGGCUGCAGCACCAGCAGAAGCUCCGGAAGCUAGCGCCGCCGAAGACACUGCGCCUGCAGUGGAUGACACUCCAGGAGAACCGGCUCCUGAAGAUGUAAAGGCUCCAGUUGAGGAGGCAGUCGCAGCGGCGGCCGUCGCCGCAAUGACCGCCAUGGCGUCAAAGGAAAAAAGAAGACAUCAUCAUGAUGACCGGUGGGAUUACAAUUCUAAGGUUCCCUUGAACGGUCACACAGCAAAACUCGAGAGAAACAAGAAGGAGGCAGGGUUGUUUGAAAACGCCAUUGCUAGGGAAAUUAAGAAGGCUAAAAGGAAAGAGCACAUCCGUCACGAAUCAGCAGAGUACAAAGAAAAGGAGAAGGAAAGAGCGGAAGCCAGACGAGCCCAACGCGAAGCGGAAAGAAGACGACAAGAAGAGCAAGAAGCGGCAGAAAGAAGACGACAAGAAGAGGAAGAAGCGGCAGAGAGAGAGAAAGAGCGGAAAAGACGUCGAGAAGAGAGGGAGAGACGACGACUUGCUGAAGAACAAUAUGCUCAAGCUGAGGCGGAAAGAGAGCGGAGAAGGCGACGGGAGGCCGAGGAAAAAGCAGAAAGGAGAAGAGGUAAAGAGAGAGAAAGGGAAAGGGAAAGGGAAGCGACUGCAGAGACUUCACGGGCAGGAGAUACCGCCAGUGGUGAAUCGAGAAAGACCAGGCGACCUAGCUUUGCCGCCUCGAGCAGCGGAGGCAGUUCCUCUCCCGGUUUCCUUCCUGGCCUGUUGAGGAAGAUCAGCGCGGGCGAGAGUGACACCAAACCACUGCUCUUCGUGCGACUGAACGACGAUGAGCCACCACGACGAAGUGGAUCACGUGAACAUCGCGAACACAGACAGCACCGAGCUCGAGAUCAUGGCGAAGCUGAAGCUGAAGCCGAGGCUGAAAGCAGUUCUUCCAAGCACGCGGGAUCGAGAAGUCGGCCACAGCCGUCGAGGACUUCGAGCUCGAGGAGCCACAAGCAGUACUAUGACGACCGCCGGGCGGCCAAACCGAGCUUUUUGGGGAAUGCCAUGAACAUCCUGGCCGAGCACACCAGCCUUCGGGACUUUUGGCGACCAGAACGGAUUGAAGCAUGA